GCUUUUUAUCAUUUUUAUGUCAUUUGUAACCAAAAGAUUCUUUCGCAACGAAAAAUCGAGGGGGGAAAAAAAGACAUGGGGAUGCCGCCUGCCAAGUGCGACUCCGCCUCUGCAUCCACCGUGAACGGCGGUGGAGUUGGAGAGAUCAUGCUUUUUGGAGUCAGAGUGGUGGUUGAUUCCAUGAGGAAAAGUGUUAGUAUGAACAAUCUUUCUCAGUACGAACAGCCUCAUGAAUCGAACAAUAAUUGCAACAAGAACAACAAAGAUCAAGGCGAUGAUAACCUCAACGCCGGAUACGCCUCCGCCGAUGACGCCGUUCCCCACACCACCGGAAAUCGCGAGCGCAAACGAGGAGUGCCGUGGACGGAGGAAGAGCACAAGCUGUUUCUGGUUGGACUGCAAAAAGUAGGAAAAGGGGAUUGGAGGGGAAUAUCUAGAAAUUUCGUGAAGACUCGUACGCCGACACAAGUGGCGAGCCAUGCUCAGAAAUAUUUUCUCCGGCGAAGCAAUCUCAACCGCCGCCGUCGUAGAUCUAGCCUCUUCGAUAUCACCACCGAUACGGUACAGGCAAUUCCAAAGGAAGAAGAGCGAGUCGAUCAGCAAGAGAACACAACUCAGCUAUCUGAGGCCAAUGGGAUUCCCAUGAUGCCGGAUGCUUUUCCCAUGGCUUUUAAUCCGCUAAUUCAACCGUUUCUGACUGAGAAUCCGACUGAAAAUCUCACCAUGGCACAGGGGAAUCAAUCAAAUACCAAUGUUUCAACAGCAAACCUCAUCCCUCCGGUUUCUAGUUUCCCAGCUCUUCAGAGAUCUAAUCUCAACACAAACUCAAACCCGGUUUCCGAUCCAUUAUCAUUGUCACUCAAGCUCUCUUUGCAAUCCGAUCAAACAGAUUCAUCGUCUUCAGCUUCAAGGCAUACCUCAUUUCAGGUUAUGUCAAACUUUAGCAAUGGAGAUAACAAUAACAUCAUCAGCGUCGCGUGAGGAUGACAUUAGAUUAUGAUAACCAAAUCCAGCAAGCUUAUUAUUAGAGCUUAAAUUGGGGAUUAGGGAAAAUAAAAUAAAAAAGAACAUAAGUUAAAAAUUAGGUUACUGGUUUUCGUUUCCCGUUGUUUUUGAUGUACAGACUAAAAGCAGAACAAAACUAUUAUGUCUAUCGUCGUCGUUGUUUUCCGAUGCUACUUGUGUUAGAUUGUUGCACUUUUAAUUUUCAAUCUGCUAGUUGAUCUU